AGGUCCGAACAUAUCUGUCCUUUUUCCUCACCUCCCCCUCCCCUCUCUAGAUUUUCUCUCUCUCCUCAGAUAUCAUUUUUUUCGAUAUCGUCAAAAGGUUUACAUAAUAAACCAAAAACAAUAAAUAAAGUAGAAAAAAAUAACCCAGUCUUAAACCCAAGUGUCUCUUUUUCUCAUUCAGCAGGCCACAACGACUCUCAAACCACAAACCUUCAUACCGAUCAAACGUCAAAAUAAGCUCGCGAAAUUACGUAACAAACUCUGGCUGUUUCUGGUUGUUUCUUAUGAGAACUUAAUCGUCUUCGUCCAUUCCUGAUUACUUGGAGAUUUUUUUGAGAUGGAUUCCGUUAAACCUUCAGCAGUGACACCACGCAAGAGUAAAUUGUCUCGAACUCUGACAAAGGUUCUUCGUGCAAAAUCAAUGACUGGAAUUGCACAAGUUGAGGGACUGCAGAAUGUUAAAGUUGAUGAAGGAAACAUGACACACAGUGAAGAAGAUGAAGAGCUUAAAAAAAAAUUGGCCGUAGAAGCUUUGGUUUCGAGAGUUUUUGCUAGCAUUUCAACUAUAAAAGCUUCAUAUGCUCAGCUACAAUAUGCUCAAUCACCUUAUGACCCUGAUGGAAUUCAAGAUGCUGAUAAACUACUAGUCUCGGAAUUGAAAACCUUAUCUGAACUCAAGCAAUGUUGGUUCAAAAAGCAAUUUCAUUUUGAUCCUUCACCAGAGGGGGCAAUUGUUGCAGCUGAAUCGAAAGAGCUUAAGAGUGUUAUCAAAACCUAUAAGAUAAUGGGGAAGAAGUUUGAGUCGCAAACACGGCUUAAAGACUCCGAGAUUAUGUUUCUUAAAGAGAAGUUAGAGGAAGCAAAUAAACAGAACAAGUCAAUUGAAAAGAGGUUAAAUCAAAGUGGCUCAUUAUCUUCUCUUGAUAAUCUUCACAUCUCAGGACUAAGUCCUACACAUUUUAUAUCCGUUCUUCGUCACACUGUUAAAUCAAUCCGAAGCUUUGUGAAGCUGUUGGUGAAUGAGAUGAGAUCUGCCGGUUGGGAUAUCGAUGCAUCGGUGAAUGCUAUUAUCAAAGAGAAUGUUGUUUAUUUGAAAGAAGAUCACAAGUGUUUUGCAAUCGAGUCUUUUGUUUGUAGGGAGAUGUUCGAUUCUUUCAACUUCCCUAAUUUCAAUCUCCGUCCUACCGAUUUUCUUCCCGAUAGAAACAAAAUACAAUUCUUCUUUUCGAAUUUCAACGAGUUAAAGUCCGUGAAAGCAAAAGAGUUUCUUGGUUCAAAACCAAAAUCAGCUUUCGCAAAGUUUUGCAGAGCGAAAUACUUAAGACUAGUCAACCCUCAAAUGGAGGCAUCGUUUUUCGGUGACACAAAGCUAAGGAUCAACAUGGUGAACGGCGGAGAAUUUCCGGAUGACAACCACUUGUUCACAUCAUUUGCUGAAAUGGCCAAGAGGGUAUGGCUUUUGCAUUGCUUAGCCUUUUCUUUUGAGUCUCCAGCUGAAAUCUUUCAAGUAGGGAAAGGAUGUAGAUUCUCUGAUGUUUACAUGGAGAGUGUUGUGAAUGAUGAUGAAGUAGCAAUAGCAGUGGAAACUGAGCCACAAGUUGGUUUCACAGUAGUUCCAGGUUUUAAGAUAGGUAAAACUGUUAUACAGUGCCAAGUUUACCUCACAGUUAUUAAAGCAAAGGUAGCAGCAGCAGCAGCAACUGUGAUGUGGGGACUGGUGUAGUAUGGUUGUCCAUUUUCUUUUCAGAAUGUUUUUUUUAUAAUUUAAUGCAGUUUAAUGAAAGAGUAUGACCUAAAGUUUUGGUGAUAUUAGGCUAGUGGCAGGGAUUGUUAAGCUGUUAUGGUAUCUUUUACAUGAUUAUGUACAAAAUAAUGUUAAAAGGAGGAGUAGGUAGGUGGUAAUUGAUAUCUCUUGUUUCAUUUUUAUUUCUUUGUUCUGUGUAUGUCGUUGGAAAUUAUUGUUUGACAGAAUUGAAUUUGAAUGGAUUGAUAGGUAAAUGGGUCCUACAUGAUAGGACGUUUAUUGAA